UGCACUCAACAUGGAAGACGAAAACAGUUGACAGUGCACAGUGCAGUUGUAGCUAAACUACGCAGAAUAAUUGAUGACUGAGUGAUGGAAAUGUUGGAGUAGAGGCGGGUCUGACUUCAGCAGGGAAACAUGUUUUGUCUCCGGUUGGGACUGUGGCUUCAGCCUGGGACUCAGGUUUGUGUUGUUUCCCGGCACAGCGUCCACAAACUGUCUUCUCUCCAGCAGGCCACAAACCUUCCCCCAAAGAAAGUCCAAAGCUUACUGUACCCCUUUAGUGAGCUGGAGGGAUACCUGGACAGGUCUGUGGACAGGACACCAUUCCAGCUCUUUCAUCCCAGUGUGGAGGACAUGGUUAAAGCAGAAAAGCUCUUCUGCUCUUCACAGUCUCAUAAGAUCGAUUACUACAGCUCUGCAGAGAGGAUGGACCAUGUACCUGCACUGCGACAGCCAGAGGUGUGCUUCAUCGGCAGAAGCAACGUGGGAAAGUCGUCUCUGGUCAAAGCUCUGUUCUCCCUGUCUCCUGAGGUGGAAGUCAGAAUCUCCAAAACUCCAGGUCACACAAAGAAGAUGAACUUCUUCAGAGUGGGCAAAGCUUUCACCGUCGUGGACAUGCCCGGCUAUGGACACAGAGCGCCCAAAGACUUUGUGGAAAUGGUGGAGCCGUAUCUUUACACAAGGAAAAAUCUUGUGAGGACAUUCCUGUUGGUUGAUGGCAGCGUUGGUCUUCAGAAGGCCGACCUGAUUGCCCUGGAAAUGUGUGAAGAGUUCAGACGUCCAUAUGUGAUGGUGGUGACUAAGAUUGACAAAUGCGGUAGCGGAGCUCUGCUGACAAACUUAUUGAAUCUUCAUGAUGUGGUUAAAACGCAGACGACGAGCUGCUUUCCUCAGCCAUUUCUGGUCAGCUCCCUCCAUUUUUUGGGCAUCUACCUCCUGAGAUGCUUCAUUACUCAUCUAACAGGCAGCAUCAGGUUAUCAAACACCUCUCAAAGCUGAUGAGAGGCCAGUGAGCGAGGUCUGGACACCUUCUCUCGAAUCUGGAAGAUUCUCAAGAUUUGUAUUUUAUCCCUAAGUGAUGAUAUGUGUUGCCUUAUAAUGGGACCUCCUUUACUUGUCCAUGUAGAGCUACUGUAGAUAAUAUCUGAAGAUUUAUUUUCAAAUAAAGUGUAAAAUCCA